UUUCUCAGCCAAAACUAGGUUAGAGCCGUUUUCACUCUCCAUCCCCUCCCCCAACCAAUCUCCAGAACCCUAACAAUGGGACGUGUGAUUAGAGCCCAACGUAAGGGAGCAGGCUCCGUCUUCAAAUCCCACACCCACCACCGCAAGGGCCCCGCUCGCUUCCGCAGUCUCGACUUCGGCGAGCGCAACGGUUACCUCAAGGGUGUCGUCACCGACGUCAUUCACGAUCCAGGUCGCGGUGCUCCUCUCGCUAAGGUUACCUUCCGUCAUCCCUUCCGUUACAAGAAGCAGAACGAGCUUUUUGUGGCGGCUGAAGGUCUUUACACCGGUCAAUUCAUUUAUUGUGGGAAGAAGGCUACUCUUGUUGUUGGUAAUGUUCUUCCUCUCAGAUCUAUCCCUGAGGGAGCUGUUAUCUGCAAUGUUGAAGGACAUGUUGGUGACCGUGGUGUUUUUGCUAGAGCCUCUGGUGAUUAUGCCAUUGUUAUCAGUCACAACCCUGAUAACGACACUUCUAGGAUCAAGCUUCCCUCAGGUGCCAAGAAGAUUGUACCAAGUGACUGCAGGGCUAUGAUUGGGCAAGUUGCUGGUGGUGGAAGAACUGAGAAGCCUAUGUUGAAGGCUGGUAAUGCUUACCACAAAUUCAGAGUGAAGAGGAACUGCUGGCCUAAGGUUCGUGGUGUUGCUAUGAAUCCAGUUGAGCAUCCCCAUGGAGGAGGUAACCAUCAACAUAUUGGUCAUGCAAGUACUGUCAGGCGUGAUGCUCCUCCUGGACAGAAGGUUGGUCUCAUUGCUGCCAAGAGGACUGGUCGUCUUAGAGGACAAGCUGCUGCAAGUGCUGCUAAGGCUGACAAAUAAGAAGUUUAAGUUUAGAUUGUUUGAACCAUAUAUUAUUGCUUGUGUUCCAAUUUUGAUUCUCGUUAAACUGUUUCUGUUUUGUUUUGUGAACCUUUUCCCUAAAAAUUUAUGGAGUUUUUGUUAGACAGCUUA